AUGAGACAUCAAAUCCUACUCCUAACGGUCUUCCUCACCGUCCUCCCUCUCUCGACAGUCCCGGUCAUUGGCGGAAAGUCCCUUGCCGGAGCCUGGGAGCCGAUCAAGGAUGUGCACGAUGAUCCGCAAGUCCAAUUCAUCGCCCACGUCGCGGUCAACUUUUACAACUUGAAGCACCACAGCAACCUGAUUUUGAAAGACGUCGUGAGAGGGGAGACGCAGACUAGUGGCGCCGCCACCAAGUAUCUCCUGCAUAUCAUCGUGGACCAGCUGUCGUCACCGUGUUACAAGACCAUGGUUCUCGACAAGAAGAAGUCCCCGCACUACCGAGAGCUUUUGCUCUUCGAACGCGAGAUUUGCUAA